GAUGUCUUUUUCAGGUGAUAGAGUAUACGAUUUAAGUGUUCAGCAAAUAUUGACAACAAAAAUAAAGAGAGGGUCUGCUGAAUUGAAAAAGUAUUGCAGAUCAAUGAAUAGAUGGGGGCCGUUUUGUUUACAGAGAUGUGGAGAUUGUUUGAACAAUAGUUGCAAUCCACUUGGUGGAACUUGUGAGCAAGGAUGCAGAAGAAACGAUUAUGCCUAUCAAAUCAGAUGCACAAACGAUCUCAAACCUUUUUUACCAAAGGAAUCAGAAUAUAAAAAUCUGACGCAAUUUAGAGAAUUCUGGGCAGAGAUGAGAAGAGGUUUAGAAGACGAAUGGAAAGGAUUUUGUAAGGGAACACAGAGAUGGGGACCAUUUUGCUUAUUUUUAUGCUCUAAAAAUUGUCAAAUCGGAUGUGAUUAUAUGGACGGAAGCUGCAAUAGAGGAGCAUGUAUAAAAGGCUACAUUGGUAUUAGAUGUAACAAGUUAAGUCCGCUUGUCCAGGCUCAGAAGGCUUCUAUAAAAGAGUAUCCAACUGAAGCUAUUUUUUCUGGUUUCACAAUCGCAUUUGUUGUUGUAUCAAGUCUUGGGAUAGGAAUUUUGUGCUUUACGAUAAACAAAUACAGAAGAAAUAGGAAAGAAGGUGGGAAAAGCCCAAAGCAACCUCAUGAAAGUAACAUAACAGAUAAUGGGAUAAGGAUAAAAACUGUCGACGAAACAACAAUUGGAACUUCGCAGAAUGUAACUAUAAGAGACUUUAAAAAUUCUAUCUUGAGUGAAAUGAAUAGAGCACCUACAAAAACUGCAAUAAACAAAAUUGGACGCUACUCUUUACCAGUUAUUCAUACCUCAGUGGUAAAUAGUAGAGCUCCCCCGACACGAGAUCUAAGCCCAUUAUUUUCCAUUUCCAAGUGA